UAGACUUGGAGUCCACUCAAAGCCAAUAUCCGGAUUCUCUGUCUCUCUCCGUUCCAAGUUCAAACUUCAACAUCUCUCUAUCUUAAUCCCAAUUUCCUUUUCUUUCUUUUUUUGAUGUGAUAGAGUUAAAAGCAGGAUCAGAGAGAGUGAUGUGGGAGUUCAGUAUUCAUAUGAUACCAACAAUGAUAGGAUUCGGAACAAGCAUCGGGUUCUUGGUAUACGUCUGCACUCGCCUCGUUUGCACCAAAGCUCCUUCCUCCUUCCACCCACGUCCCCACUCUCCUCUCGACGUUGAACGACAGUUCCAUGCGCAGAUGCCUACGGGGUUUGAACCGACUGUUCUGUCCGCCAUCCCAACCAUGAGAUUUAAUCGUGACGCAUUGGUCUCUACAGACGAUUCCCAGUGUGCGAUAUGCCUGGAGGAAUACGAGGAAGAGGAGGUGAUGAGGGUAAUGCCGAGAUGCAAGCACAAGUUCCACGCAGCAUGCAUCGACGUCUGGCUGCCCAAACACUCCACCUGUCCUGUCUGCCGCCUCCCCCUUCUCUCUCCCUCCCUUUAGUCUCACGUGUAUGAAUAGAUGUGCAGGGUGCUCUCUAAAACAGCCACGUAAAUAAUGUGUUUAGUCAUACCAAGGAAAAAAGUACGUCCGUGCAUAUCUCCGACCACAGGAAAAUAAAAAUCUUUGGUUUAUAAUUUUAAAAA